AUGUCGGCUGAAAGAUGCAAAGCGUGUAGCAUUUCCCACGCUUGUUUCUUUGAGAUAAUUGAAGGAAUCUAAAGCUAAAAGUUGUGCUUGUUAUUUACGAAUGGGGACAUACCUGUGAAUAUUUUUUUUCGGAUACUGUCAUGAAUUGGACGAUACCAUGUGUUUUGCUGGCGACUGUCAUUUUUGGAUUUUUCGAUUUAUUCGAAGGAACCAGAACGACAACACUUCGUAAGCUGGCAAACCUUGGUGGAGCUCAAACACUGGACUGUCAGCUCAAGUACCCUCGGAACAACCCCAUUCCAUAUAUUAUACAGUGGAAGAAAGAUGGCUUAGCACAACCAAUAUUUAUAAAAUACGAUGGCUACCCUGCCCAAAUACCACAUCAUCAGUAUCGUAAUCGUUUAGCUUUAAAAGAUGAGGUAUCUUUAGAGAUAUCUCAGAUACAAGCUAAUGAUGAAGGGUGGUAUGAGUGUAACACCAUAUUUAUUGAUGGAGCUGAAGAAACAACAGUUAAUGGAUCAUGGAUUUAUCUCACUGUUCACUCACCUCCAAGAAUCACAUCAAGUUCACCAAAAUUAUUACAGCGGCGUCGUGGUGAUAGUAUAGAACUCUUCUGUGAAGGGAAAGGAUCUCCACAACCAACGUUAACAUGGAUGAAAGAUGGCCGAGUUAUUAAAGAUACCUUACGUAUGAUUGUUGAGAUGAAUAGAGUUAAAAUUCAGAAUUUACAGCGAGAUGAUGGUGGAGUGUAUAUGUGUACAUUUAUAAAUACUGUAGGAGAAGUAGCACAGUUAAUAAAAUUAGUUGUAGAAGGUGGUCCAUAUAUUAUGCUGUCCCCAAGAAAUAUGACAGCCAUUUUGGGUCAGAGGAUACAGUUUUCGUGUGGUGCUGAGGCAUACCCAAAUAAUAUUACCUAUUACUGGUUUAAAGAUGGAAUAGACGUACGCACAUUAUCUGGUUUCGAGGCUGGAAGAAUAAGCAUAAGUACUGAUGGAAGUUUGUUAAUAUCUUCUGUUGUCAAGGGUGAUAUGGGAUGGUUUCUGUGUCGUCCUAGUAACGGUAUAGGGGAGGAUGAAGCUGCAGCAUUUUUAAAUGUAACAUACUUACCAAAAGUUUUACCAAUGCCAAGUCAAUUAACGUGGGCCCGCGGUUUUCGUGAAAAAAUAGAUUGUCCAGUAGAUGCUAAUCCACCUAUGACAGACACAAUUUGGACAAAAGAUGCUCAAAUAGUAGAUAGAAAUAAUAAUCGUAAUAUUUUACAUAAUGGAACACUGGUGGUGUUCAAUGCAUCAUCCGGGGAUUCUGGGAGUUAUAGCUGUACCCCCGUUAGUCUACUCGGUCGUGGUGAGACGUCACCUCAAGUACAAGUUUUCGUUCGAGAUCCACCAUAUUUUACUGUCCGUCCUCCAGCUUUAUAUUUAAAACAGACAGGUGAAACUGUAUCUAUGUUGUGUAAAGCAUCCGGUAAUCCAACACCAGUUGUAUCAUGGAAGAAGUCAAAAGGUCAGUUUGAAAGGAGUGAUAGAAUACAAAUAAAUGCUGGUAAUCUGACUAUAAGAAAUCUGGUAAAAGAAGAUCAUGGCUUUUAUGAAUGUAUGGCUACAAAUGAUAUAGCAACUAUAGUAGCUGUUACAGAAGUACGCAUAAUGAAUACAACUCCUCAUGCACCUGAUAAUGUUACCGUAGUAACCAGUUUGUUUUCUGCACGUGUUAGUUGGGAACCAGCCUAUGAUGGUGGAAGUCCACAAUAUUAUGUUUUAUGGUUUCGUUACCUAAGUAAUGACUGGAGCACAUGGCAGACGAUUCAAGUCCCUCAAAAUUCAAUGACCUUUACCCUGUAUGCCCUGAACCCUGACACCCUGUAUGAAUUCAUGGUUUUAUCAAGAAAUGAAUAUGGGGAUGGCAUGUACAGUGAACGAGUCCGAGCUAAAACUUUAGGGUAUGUAAGUGAUUUAGUAACAGCUCUACCAACAGAUCAAUAUGGUUCUACUUAUAUACCAGAUAUACAGGAAUCUAUAGGUCCUCGACCUAAUCCUCCUCGCAAUGUUACCAUAGCAAUGGAAGAAAAUGAGGUGACAGUUUCUUGGUUACCUCCCGCUAAUUCCAGCGUGCCUAUUUUAUAUUAUGUUGUUGAGUUCCGUACAGACGGCAAUUGGCAGAAAUAUGACGGCAUUGUGAUGGCGUCUGAUAGACUGUUAAUGAAGAUGAGUAAUUUAAAUCGAGGAACUUUGUAUGAAAUCCGUGUUUUAUCGUAUGGUGUAUUAGCGUAUAGUUUACCUAGUAAUAUAGUCACAUUUAAUACAACACCAGCUUCUCGGACAGGAAGAGGGAAUCCCGCAUCAUCAUCUGAACCGUUUCGCCUGCCAGAUGCUUUGAUUGGAGGAAUAGUUGGUGGGUUGUUGUUUUUACUUGUUGCCGUCCUAUUAGCAGUUAUAGCCGUGAUUCAUAGUAAACGUAAAGAACAAAAAGCUAAAGUUAAUCGCUACAACGAUGUAAAUUAUUCUAAAGCAGAUGAAACAGAUUUAGGAAUACAUCAAGCUCCGACAAAACGGGAUCAGUGGCAAUCAAAUGUUAGAAGAGACAUUAUAACAGGAAGUAACCAAGAAUCUGGAGUGUUUGUGUUACCAGGUACAGCCACGAUGGAUACCAGCAGGAACAGGGGUUCAUACUUACAUGAUCCUCGAUUCUACGAUCGUGAUCAGCGAACGUACAAUCCUACGCGAGGUUAUGGUGUGGCAGAUUGGGCAGAUCCUGUUGAUAUGCGCCAUUUAGCAGCAGACAGAUCUUUAUCAAGAGGAAGUGUCAAAAGUCGAGGACAGGUUCCCGAAUUUGAUACACCAGACGGACGUCGCCCCAGACCGUCGCUAGUGGAUAAUGUUGAUGUUUAUCCAUCUCCUGCUACUGCCUUCAGACCGGUAUCCAUCUCAAUGCAAAACCCCCCUUCUGGUCGACCAUCAAAUCAAGUUUAUGAAGGACCUUAUAACAGUUUCCAUAGUGAUGAGGAGGAUGAUGUCUUCUCUCCACGAGCUUUACCUGUAGCUGCUCCACGUCCUAACUAUCCGCGUCACAGUUCCAUGAAGCCAGCACAAAUGACCUACCUAACGGAAGAACCGCCAUUCUCUUUCAACGACAUGAGCUCUGUCAUGCCCUCAUUUUCCGAUAGAUCGCGCGAUCCCAUUCCUCGUUAUCCAUCUAGUCAGCUAGGCCCCCGAUAUCAAGAUCCGUCUCCUCAUAAUAUGGAUGGUCCAUCAUCCCCUUCCUUAAGCGAUCCUCAAGUAUCCUGGUUACCCCCUUCCCAGCAACCUCCUGCCCAUCCUCCUCCACAAGACGACCAGAAUAGUAGUAACAGUAGUGGACGACCUCUGGGUUAUACUCGCGAUCACCUCCAGGGGGUUGUAGACAGACUACGCAGCACUCCAAGAUCUCCAUAUUCUACUAGUCCUACACGUAACCAUGACGAUAAUGGUUUCUUAGAUCCAGCAAGAUCAACAUCACCUAGACCAGUUCCUACCGCUCGUGCCACAUCCCCGAUCUCAAGUUUCAAUAAACCUCGUGCUGCCCCGUAUUAUACGUCAGAUUUGGAACCGUAUGAUGAACGUGAUCACAGUAGAAGUCAGCCGCGGUUAUUCGCUCCGAAAAAUGUUCGACCGAGAGAUGAAAGUGUUCCAGAUUCCACAAGUAGUGGCAUCGGAAGUCGUAAUACAUCUCAAAGUACGGGUUCAUAUCCACAUCGAAUGGGGAAAGGCAGUCUAUCGUUUAGUUCUUUAUUGACACCUCAAGAAGAUCUCAGCCAGGACUCGUCGCCUUUUUUAGAUGGAAGUUCAAAUCACAGACGUGACACAUCUGGUGAUGAAAAUUACGAAUUUGAUUCGAUUAACGCGUUAGAAAACGACAUUUUAAAUGCUCUAAGGAACUAUUCUCAAUUAAGUGCUCCAGGGAAGGAUGUUACUAACCCUUACCCUAAACCUAGACGAUUAAAUCGUAGUCAUGACGAUAACGAACAGAGAUUUGAUAGGUUACGUGAGGAAUUUAAAAAAUACAGACAAAGACAGACUGAACCGUCGUUGAACACAAAUCCUGCACCUGUACAAUACGGUAUGGAUAGUGAAAUGUUGUGAUACAUCCAUCACCGAAAAAAAAAAACCUAACAAAAACAUUGUGCAUUUUAUCAUCGUGAUGUGUACUUUCCAUUCAUGCCAGAAAAGAGACUGGUAAAUGGAGCAUAACUCUUCAUCUUGUGCAUAAAUUCACCUUAUGAAAGAUGCGUAAAUGUGAAAAACUGUGCUUGAUUUGUGUAUUUGUUUUAACAUGCCGUGUUUCUUCAUCAUUUACGCAAAAUUCAUCCCAUUCAUUGUUACCGUUUUCUUUUUUUACUCUGGUGUAUAUUAUGUUAACACACUGUGAAUAUUGUUAUGAAAAACUGGUUAUUCAGGACCAAAAUAGAUACGGAUAUCCAGACAGAAUUCUAUGUAACUCAAGUGUAGAUUAGCUUAAUGUGUGUGCACAUUUAAUUGUGCCGUUUAAUUAUUACAUAUCACAUAAAUGAAUUUAUUAAAAUUAUAAUAAACGAUUUAUAUUUUUCUACAGAAGUAAAAAAUAAUUUAUGCGUUACCUAGGUAACGGUAUGGUAAUAACAUUGUUUAUAAUUGUUGUGAAAAAAAAUUGUUAGUGAAUUUUUGGGUUUAAUUUUAAACCUUAUUGUUUAUUUUCUUGUUUUAGGUUUAAAUUAUGACUAUUUUGUUUAUUUUGAUUUUUAGGACAAAAACCAAAUUCUAUUUUAAAUGGCCAUAGAGACUGUUCAAUUUGUGAUUUUAAGAAAAAUUUGUCGCUCAAAUUAUACAAAGUCACAAAUUUGAAGUUGAUUGUAAAAUAAAUUUUAAUGUCAUGCAUACAAACCUCAAUUUAAAAAAGAAAAUUUCAAUUUAAUGGAACACACUCAAAAAUAAAAUAUGAUAAACAUUUUACAAUGUUCUUAUUUCUCAUGAUAAUCUGAUAUGAAAUUAUUUACUAUUGACAGUCCAAAGUUAAAUAAAAUAAAUCAUUUCAUACUUUUUGAAUUAAAGCAUUUUAGUACUCUAGUGCAAUUUAACUUAAACAAUGCAAUUUAAAUAUAUGGCUGGUUUUCAUGUGAGUUGAUUUUUAGCAAGGUUAAUAAACACAAAUUGUGUUGAAAAGGAUGACUAUAUGUGUGGCAUAAAGAUCAAAUACCUCUGAAAUAUUUACUGGUGAUUUUUCUAAAUUCUGAUUUUUAAAAUAUCUUAAGUUUAUUUUAUUUUAUUUUUUUAAAAAUGGAUUAAUAUUGAAUAAAUUUGUUUUUUUCGUUUGAUAAAUGAAUUAAUAUUGAAUAAAUUUGUUUUUUUAUUAGAUAAAUGAAUUAAUAUUGAAUAAAUUUGUUAAGAAGAUAAGAAGACUUGUGUAUCUAUUUUCUAUGAAUUCUUCUAUGUAAAUAGUCACAUCGGGUUUUACAUGCAAUUUGAAUGAUCUGAGUGAAUGUUUAAUAUGAUUUUUAUAAAAGAAUGGUGUUUAAUUUACUGAUAAAUAAGAAAAUACCCAGAGAAGGAAAACUUGAAUUACCAUGGGAUGUUAUUAAGUCGAGUGGCGUGGUUUCGAUUCCCCGCUUGUACGUGACACUGCUAAAGACCCCUACGCUAAACAAAUUAUUGAAAUGAAAUUGAAUUCUAUGUUACUCCCAAAAUGACCAAGUUUGUGUUGGACGUUUACAUCUCUCCAUCCUGGUAAGAUUUAAUUGUUGACGAGUAUAUUAGACACCAUAUCUUUUAAUGGUAAAUGUGUCGAAUCACGUGAUAUUUUCAUAUGUUUAAAUGUUUUAAAAUGCUUUGUCAAAUAUGGUUGUAAUUAUUAGAGUUGUAAUUAGAUUAUUUAAUUUUCUUUAUGAAUAAGAAAAAAGAAAUCCACUGAUAAAUAUUAUAAAUGAACAUUAGAAUCUGCGUGUUAAAUAAAUUGCCAGUUAAUUAUUAUUAGUCAUUUUAUUUUUAAAACUGCAUUAAAGAUGCAUUAUGUAAGAGCUAAAUCUGUGUAUUGCAGGUCUCUCUUUUUCUGGCUUCAAAUCUUAUAUAAACUAGUAUUUAGACAUUUAUACACAUGACCGGCCUAUAAUCAACUCUCUAGGCAUCAGAUGGCCAAAAAAUUAAAUGGAUUAGAACACUCGCACCAUUUAAUAAUUUAAUGUUAAUAUGGAUAAUCAAGGCUCUGUUUAUUAUCGUAGCAAUGGUACUUGAUAAUCAACUCUAUUUAGGCUAUAUCUUGUCAAAACUUCAAACAUUCAUAACUUUGCGCCGAAUAAAGCAAUUUGACUGAAAUUUUCAAUACAUUUGUUUUUUCAUUAUCUAUUAUAGCAGGAACGGUCAGCUCUUUAUCUAAACCUUACAUAAUGCAUUUUUUAAGGGACUCGAGAAUAUAUUAUUAACCAAAUAUGGUCACAUUCCUCAUUCAUUCAUGUAUUCCAUCUUGUUUGCCAAAUAACUGCAACCUUAUCGUCACCAAGUAUUGUCAGACAAAACUUAAUAUCCUGCUCAAUUAAAGCAAUAUUUCAAAGAGCCCCAUGGGAAAUUUUAUCUUUGAGAAUUGAGUGUAUACCCUAAACUAUCUCCAUUUUGUACCAGUUAUUUUUAUGACAUUGAAGUCAGCAAUAGAAACCGAGAAAAAUAAUUAGUGCUAGAUUGUUUUUUAAAGACUUACGUUUUAGCUUAUUAAUAUAUAUAAUUAUACGUUUUAGCCAACGAUAUAUAGAAUUUUAUGUACCUGAGUUUAUUCAUAGUUACCACAUAUUGUUCCAAGAACUGUUGGGUAGCAUGAGUUUAACAGAAAAGUAUAAUAUUAAAUGAUAUUUUGAGCAACAGUAUUUUCAUCUUUAUUUUGUCUUAUUAUAUUUAUUCCAUAAUAUUCAAAACAGGGACCAUAAUUUUUGUAAACUGCUUUUUUGUAAUAUUUAUAUAUUUUGUGCUGGAUCCUCGACAAAUUUCAUUUAACAUUCAUAGUUUUAAUUUAAGGGUGUAUGAAAUUGGGAUAUCAGAUAACACAUGAAAUAAACAUUUUUCCUAAGAUUUUAAGCCAUGUAUUCUGAAGAUAAGUCUCUAUUAAUGAACAUCUGCUGGUGCAGAUUGUUGACAGUUGGGACCACAUUCUAGUUCAGGUAGUAACAGUGUGUGAAUAUAGCUUUAUUUAAGGUUUGCUUCCACCUAAGUGACAAGUGUGAAAUAGCUUUAUUUAAUGUCAGCUUCCACUGAAGUGAUAUCACCAACAAUGAUAAAUAGGGAGAUUUAAUAUUAGAUUAUGUUAAUACUUAUAAAACAUAAUAAUAUUUCUAUUAGAUACUAUUAAAAUAUAGGUGUGCCGUCAUUCUAUAAUGUUGGCGUACCAUUGUUUAAAAAAAUGUAUGGAUAACGUGCCAAUCGUAAAUUAUUGAAAUAUUGAACUCGCUUGAUGAUUUCAUUAAAAUGCACGUGCAGGAUAGUGUCUGUAUUUUAAGUUGUUUAAUAGUUUUGAUCAUGACAUUUCGUAAUAUAUUGAAACGAAACAACUAACAUCCUUGUGCUGUAUCAAUAUGUUACUUAAUGUCUCGCUCUCAACAAUUAUACAAUACAUAAUGUAGAAAAUAAGAGACAAGAGACAUUAAUACUUAGAUAAUAUUAAUACUUAUUGUAGAUUAUGGUUAAAAAAAAAUGGUAUAUUUUCAGUAAACACAAGAUUUAAAAAAAAUGACUUCAAGUGGUUUAUGAAAUGAUAUGAUGUGCAAGAAUACAGCAGCAGAUUAAUUAUUCUUUAGAACUUAUUAACAUAUUUCUAGAUAUACAUGCAUUGUCUCUCUAUAUAUAAUAAAGAUUCUGGUAGUUCCAGUUGACCAUUGGCACCAGUAAUUGAUGGUAAAUGUUCCACAGUAGGGUUAUAUUGCUUAGAAACUUAAGCUUUGAGUAUUCUAUUAUUUUCACAAUUUGUGUUCUGGAUAUGAUAAUGGCAAUUCCGAUGUUAAAAUGAUGAUGAGCGUAGAUAAUGCAUGUGCACCAGAUUAUAAUAAUUUGCUAUAGAGAGCUAUGUAUGUAUGAAAUGAUUAAAACAUGUAAACAAAUUAUAACAUUGUUUCCUCUUUUAUUACACAACUCUGGUAUGGUAUAAAGGGGGGCUUAUGUCGACCUUGCAACUGAAAGCAACUGGCGUUUCGGCAACUGGGAGCAACUGAAAGCAACUGAAAAAAGUCGACCUGAGCGCCUCUUACAACUCAAAGCAACUAGUUGCAGUCAGUUGCACAUGUUCAACUUGCUGCAUCUAGCAGCAACUAGUUGCAGUCUACAGCGCUCCGAAUUCAGUUGCUCCCAGUUGUCCUCAGUUGCUGAUAUGAUCGACAUAAGCACUCUUGCAACUGACUGUAACUAGUUCCUUUUGGUUGCAAAGUCGACAUAAGCCCCGCUUAAUGCUGAUUUAACACAAGUUUCUGUAUUUAAUGUGGAAUUUGGUGUAAGAGUAGGCCGCUGUCCAUUCAACAUAUCCUUCAUGGCACACUGUAUGGGAUAUGCCCGUCUUAAUUAGCCCAGUCAGAUCAGAACAGUAGGAUGUUAAAACCCCCGUUUCAUUAUGUAUUUAAUGUUUAGUUUCAAAACUUUCAAACCAUUGGAACCCCAAUAUUUUUUGAUGAUUCUCCACAAAUUUUAACAAUUUGCUAACAAUGAUUUGAGAGAGAAAUGGGGUUUAACGUCCACUCAACACAAACUAGGUCAUUUCGGGACUAACACAUGGUUCAAUCUUAUUUCAAUAAUUCGCUUUCAUUCCUUCGCUUUUUUUCUUUUUUUGGACCAUAUCUCGUAUAACAGUGUUGCCUCUUUUAUUCCACAUCGGUCAAAGUUAAGGGAGAGAUAUUUUUUCUGGAGUACACCUUGUAAAUCGUUCAAGAUAUCUGAAUAGAUCUUUGUAUACACAUGAAUCUAUUAUGGUAAUUAGACAUUGCUCAGAUUU